AUGAAUUUGUCUGGGGAAUCAACAAUUAAUUUAGAGAGCAGAAGAUCAAGAAACAAAACAGAAACUAAGUGCAAAUCACAAAGUCCUCAAAUAAAGCCUUAAUUUACUAAAUAUUAAUAACAGCAUAAGAAAAGCAAAACCAAGGAAAAAUUAUCUUAGAAUUCUGAGCAACUGCCUAUAUUAUCGAGAAAACUAAACCUUAAGUCUAUUAGCUUUACAAAAAAAAGAAAUCAAUUUAAGCCUGCUACUUAAGAUUUAUUUUUAAAAUAUUAUAUUGGAUGGGGUAACAAUGAAGCAUUAGUGAAACGAAUUAUGUCAAAGAGAUUAUAAUGGAAAGAGACAACUGACUCAAGUUCAAUGCUUGUAAACUUUAAAUGGCAAUAAAGUGAAAGAGGUUACAGAUAUGAAAGACUAAUAGUAAGUUAAAAUUAUAAAUAACUUGUCAAUCAUUUUGAACAUCACAAAGAGAUAUCUAACAAAUCUUACCUGAUUAAAAAUUUGUCUUAAUAUUGUGAAAAACAUAAACUGAAUGUAUUUGAUUAUACUCCAUUAACUUUUGUAAUUGAUUUUAGUGAUGAAAAUUGUGAUUACAAUAUAACACAGUUUCUUAAAACCUAUGAGUAAUUUGCUCCAAAAAAACCCUCAUCUAAAUAAAUGUUGGAUGUGAAAAGAAGAUUGAGGGGAAAUUUUUGUUGUGCCUAUCGAGGAGAACUGAUGUCACAAUUCACUAAAAUCUAAUUAAACAACACUUUCUUAGCAGAGGAAUCUACCUAUAUGUGGCUAUUGAAACCGACGUUUUUAAAUAGAGGAAGAGGAAUCUAAAUUUUUGAUAAUCUAGAAACAUUAGUCAAAUUAGUAUCUGAAUUUCAAGAAGGAUUAAAAGAGAAGGCAUUAAAUUAAAAAGAAGAAUCAUCAGGAGAAGACGAAACUCCGAAAUAGGUUCAGAGUGCCUAAAUAACAAAAAAAGAACCAAACUAAUAAAUAAAGUAAUAGUCAUCAGGACAAUGUAUAAUUAAAUCUCAUUCCUUUGUUAUUCAAAAGUAUAUUGAAAAGCCUGCAUUAAUUAAUAAGAGAAAAUUUGAUAUCAGAGUCUGGGGUUUGAUAACUCAUGAAUUAGAUGCUUACUUCUUUUAAGAAGGGUAUAUAAGAACAUCCUCUGAAGAUUUUACAUACAAUAUUGAAAAUACAUUUGUCCAUUUAACAAAUAAUGCUAUCUAAAAAUAUUCUCAAAACUAUGGUUAAUUUGAGGAUGGAAAUCAAUUAUCCUUCAAAAACUAUUAGGAUUAUUUGCAAUCACAAAAGAUUAAUUGCAAUGUUUAAGAUUUAAUUAAUAAAAUGAAGGAAAGAAUUUGGAUGGUUUUUAAUUCAGUAAAGAAUAAAUUAAACUUUGAAGAUAGAAAAUACUGUUUUGAAAUAUUUGGAUUUGAUUUUAUCUUAGAUGCUGAUUAAGAAGUGUGGUUAAUAGAAGUCAAUACAAAUCCAUGCAUAGAAGAAUCAAGUCCAUUGUUAAAAAUGUAUAUUCCUAGAAUGCUUGAUGAUGCAUUUAAACUAACUCUUGAUGUUUUAUUCCCACCUCCAAAUUCUCAUAAAUAAUCACUUCCAUAAAUAUAUUAAUUACCUUAAAUAAAGGAGGAGUAGCACUCUGACUAUCCGGUAGUUGGCUACUCUAAUGAUGAAAAUAUGUGGAUGCUAUUGGGUUCAUUAAACGAUCGAAAAAAUAAAAAGAAAAAAUGA